UUGUAUUUUCUGCUGAUUUAGAAUCAUUUUUAUAAUUCCAAUCUUCUCUUUCCACCAUGGAACUUGACAAAUGCUGGUGCAGUUCAGGCAGUAGUCAUAGUUUCCGGUGGAGCAAAUGCCGUCCAAAUCCUAGUACCGGCCACUACAACCGGAUUAUUUCCGUAAACAACACCCUGGUGUUGUGCAGAUCAAAGCUUCCUUGGUGGACAAUUCUCUGGAGAAAGCUGAAGAGGGAGAAGAAGAAAAUCCUCAAUUGUUCAUCAACCAGCAGAUUGCACGUUUCUUAUGAUCCUUACACAUACGCCAAGAAUUUCGAUCAAGGCUUGAUGUCAGAUCCUGAAGACAUUUCCCGGUCUUUCUCUGCUAGGUUUGCUGUUCCUUCCAGGAUUUUUGACAACGGUGGAUUAACAGUUUGAAGCUAGAACUAUCAGAAACAAAUUGGUGUUUCCCAUCUUUGUUUCUUUCUUCUUCUUUUUUGUUUAUUAUUAUUUUUUUCUUUUUCCUUUUGUUUAUGAAUAAAUUAGCUGCUAUAAUAAUAUAGUUUCUGAUAUUUGAUUAUCCUAAUAAAAAUUUCUUCUGUUC